AUGGCCCGUCAAAAGGGGAACGUAGGACUUGGAAAAAAUGGAAAACGGGGUCGUCCAAGGAAAGUUGUUGCGGUAGCUGAUGGGAAUGGUGUUGAAAGGAAUACCGAAGCAUUGCAAAAGGCAGCAAAAACGAUAAUAAAAGUAAAAGGUAAAAGAGGAAGACCGGUUGGCUCAACGAAAAAAGGCAAAAAGAGGGGUCGCCCACCGAAAGCAGCGAAUAAGAAUGCGAAAAACGAUAAUGAACACAAGCAUGACUUGAGUGACAACAAUGUUGAGAACCGAGCAGAUAUGGAAACUCAUCAGCAUAAUGUUGAUGAACGUGAGGUUGGUGAUGAUGAGGAUGAUAAUGAAAGAUCAGCUGAGUCAGACUAG